AUGUACUAUAAAUUGAAACAACUCAUCAAUCUUGAGGAGAACAUUUAUAGACAAGAUUUUACCAUCCUGCAACAUGUGAACUCUAGAGUAAUCGAUCUAGAAGCAAGUGUCCAGCGUAACUUACAACGUAAAUAUGAUAAAAAGCUCAGCUGGAUAUUAAAAAUACAAAAGCGAUGUCCUAAACCUCAGUUCAAUAACGUUAUAACUUGUUGGGACAGCAUAUCUCCUCCAGAUUACUUCCGCAAGGCGUUCGAAUUUGGUCCUAUGUUCGUGCCUCAGUCGGCUGCAGCAAACCCGUUUUCCUUCAUUCCCAGCAUAGAGAAAUUACUUUCCAGAGCAAAUAUUGAGUUUCCGGACACCCGCAAGGACUAUCUUCGAUGGAAGGCGUUGAUGGCAGUUGAAAGUUACAGGCCGGAACCCGAAGUACACAAGUUCUGGAGUUACGUCAAACGCAGUAAGAAAUGGCUCCAAUCUAAUAACAUCACAAUGGUCAAGUCUGACAAAAGCAAGGCAGUCGUCAUCAUGCUAAGGGCAACAUAUGUCAGCGCAUUACAUCAAUAUAUAGUUGACACACAAUGUCAACCAGCUGACACCUCAUACACAACGAGGCUGCAAAGUCGUGUCGGUAGAUUCACGCGCACUGGCCUUGCCACAAUCUUAGGCCUUCAAAAUGCGGUAGUUAGCUCCCCUGACACCCCCCGCCUUUUCGCUUUUGCCAAAACACACAAACCCGGGCAUAAAUUAAGACCUGUGAUCGAUAAAGCCAGAUCUCCCACUUUCAUAUUGGAGAAACGUAUACAUCACUUAUUGCAAAAUCAUCUUAACUCAUACGGCUUGACUGUGUCCGAUUCCAACGCACUACUCGCCAAACUCCACAAGUUAAAGUUAAAUGGGAACGAAUAUCUUACUGUAUUCGAUUUUGUAUCGAUGUUCCCUUCCAUUCGAUUGGAACCAUGUUUUUGUGAGCUAAGGGAUUUCUUUCUCACUACAACAACUGACAGCCAGAGAUUCCAUUCACAAAUACUAGAGCUUACACAUCUAAUCUGCUAUUCCUCCUUUUUUUACUUUGAUGGUCAAACGUACAUCCAAAAAAGAGGCGUACCAAUGGGUAGCCCAGUCUCUGGGGAUCUAUGCGAACUCGUCGUACGAAAAUUAGAAGAAAAGGUCUUACUAAGCUUUCAAUCCAAUAUCCUUAGCUACAUGCGGUAUGUGGAUGAUAUUUUGAUUAUUUGGAAAACCAAACCUGAUAUAGAGAAAGUGUUAGAAGCCUUUAACAAAAACGCCUACGGCUUAACUCUAAAGUUAGACCAAGAAAGUCGCACAGAAGUUAACUACUUAGAUGUCCAGAUUAACACAGCGAAUAAUAAUAUAACCACGACCAUUUACCGCAAACCAACAUACUGUCCUCUCUUUAUACCUCGUAACUCAGCGGACCCGUGGACGUAUAAGGUAUCAGCUUUUAGGGCCCUAGUCUCAAGGGCUUAUUCCCACUGCUCUGAAACUUCCGAUACUUACAGAGAACUGAAAAACAUCAAACGUACAGCAUCGACACAUGGGUUCCAACAGUCAUUAAUAGACAGGCUUUCUACCAUGCAGCAAUCUACAAUAACUACCACCAACACGGGGACUAUUGAUACACAGCAAAAACGGGUGAUUGUACCUUACGAACCAUCCCUUCAUCGAAUUUUUAGUAAAAUCGCUAAGGAAGUGAAUGUGCGCUUAACAUAUAAGAGAAAGCAGAAUAUUUUCCGACUUUUAUCUAAUGCUAAGGACAAGUCCGAUGACAAAAAAGCGCCGGGGGUGUACCGUAUACCUUUGAAUGACGAACGUUUCAAUCGUCGGAUAACAUACAUUGGAUCCACAUACAGAUCCCUGGAGGCUAGGAUACGGGACCACAAAUAUGAUGUGUCGAAGCAGAAGUAUAAUACGGCUCUAGCACGGUAUGCUACCGAGCCCGGGGUUUCCCCAUGUUGGGAUGAGGCUACUCUUUUACAUAGGGCCUUUGACCGACACGACUUACGCUCGUUGGAGGCUAUUGAGAUUUAUAGAGAAACCAUAAAGGGAAGCUGCAUUAACUCCGAUUAUAUUCCGAUUCCACAAUCGUGGAAAUAUUAUUUACAUUGCCACAAGGCACAACAAUAA